AUGCGGGGCAAUUUCGCCUGGAGUGAGACCAUGGAUUUGGCCCUGUUUGUGGCUAUUUUAUACCACCGCCACAUGUCCGAAUUUUUGGGCACAUGGGAUGAUAAAGAGCACAAACGAAUCAGUCAGUUGCUCACCAAUCCGAAAAUACAGGACACUAAAACGGCCCAAUUCG